UCCCUGGAACAGUAAGACGGGGGCCGUGUUUUUGUUCAUUAAAAACUUUAAAGCAAUUGAAGUGGAGGAACUGCACCAUUAACAUUACACUACAUUAUGAACCGGGUCUGAGUUCGAGUCAGGGAGAUAGAGGAUGUCAAUCGAGGCAGAAGUGCUGCUGCAGGAGGCCAAAGAGAACAUAGAGGCAGCACAGAACUACAGGAGCGAACUUCAACAGCGCCUGCAUGGACUCAACCAGGCCCACAACCAGGUGCGGGGGAGCGCCAGCGAAACGCGGGAGGUCCUGCGGCGUCACUUCGAGGAGCUGCAGGCGCAGGUGAUGCAGCUCCUGGGCGAUCGGCUGAGUGCCCUGCUGCAGGAGGUGGAUGCCGUCGAGCGGGACAGCGUGCGCCCGCUGGACGACUGCCAGAUGCUCAUCGAGCAGGGGGUCAGCGCCGCCGAGGAGCUGCUGAGCGAGGGCGAGGCUGCGAUCCGCUGUAGCAUCGGGGAGAAGGACGACAAACUGGGCAGCUUUGCAAAGAAGGCGCUUCAGAUUCAGCUGGACAGUCUGCCGGAGGUGCCUGCACUGAUGGAUGUACCCUGCCUGUCAGCCCAGCUGGACGACUCCCUGCUUCCCGCUCUUAGGGAGCGCAUCGUUUGUCACGGCAGCGUGGCCUCGCACCCCCCUGUGCAGAUCGAGGAGCUCGUGGAGCGGCCGGGGGGUGUGCUGGUACGAUGGAGCAAGGUGGACGACGACUUCACAGCGCAGGACUACCGACUGCAGUACUGUUGCAGCACUGCCUGCCAGUAUGAGGACGCCUACAUCGGCAAGGACUCCGAGUUCCUGGUACUGCACCUGGACCCGCACACCGACUACUUGUUCCGUGUCAGUGCCAGGGGAGAGGGCCGCACUGAGUGGAGCCCCUGGAGUGUUCCCCAGAUUGGCUACACUGCGUUACCCCCGCAUGAGUGGCGCCCGGGCUGCGAGGGCUAUAUCCUGAGCAGCCGCAGGAACAUCGCCCUGCGCAGUGACGCCUCCCUGUCCAACACCGGCGUCCUCUACUCCGGUGCCCCCACCUACUUCUGUGGCCAGACCCUCAGCUUCAAGAUAACGGCUGCCGGCAGGACAGACAAGCGGGACAGCCUGGGAGUGUGUGUGGAGUGUAAGAGUGGUGUGGAGUCCUUGCAGAGAGAAAGGGCCGUCUGCAUCUCCACCAAAGGUGCUGUGUUUGUGAAUGGGAAAGAGAUGACCAACCAACUACCAGCCAUCACUGUUGGCUCAACUGUGACCUUUGACAUGGAGGUUGUCGGCCUGUUUCCUGUCACCAACAACAACAUCAACGACACGGGAAACUUCAAGCUGAGAGUGACAAUUGGCUCAGGGAACAGGGAGGUGGUGUUUGAUUGGCUUCUGGAGCGGGGCGUGGACUGUCUUUUCUUCGGCUGCUCCUUUGUGCACCCUGGAUGGAAGGUUCUGGUGUUCUAGGGCUGGCUCAUCACCCUCAGGAGGACCAAUAGCAAGAAAUUUUGCUGGGCUGCACAGUCUGCCUGCCACUGUACCUGCCAUCUUGUCCACUAGUGAGAAGAACGUGUGCUUUACCCUCACCCACACUGGGGCAGAAUUGCAGUUGCAUUCUCACUGGGGCUGUGGCGGGUUGCAGCUUCUAACUGACCGGACUAAAUGUGCGAAUAAUGCAUUCCACAUGGGGAAAACCUUGAGUUAUUUUCAGUAUUUUUGAAUGAGUAUGACACAUACUGAUAGAUUUUGUUAAGGAAAAACAAAAGGCAUUGUCCCUCAUGCACUCCCAUGGGGGAUGUGGGCUCCAUCCAACAUCUGACUCACCUCUAAGCUGAUAGUUAGCAGUCUGAAUAAAAAGCUGUCUACAUCAGGCAUACAUGUCCACAGUCCACCCACAUACCCCUUGACAUCUGCAGAUUGCGAAGGACGAGUUCACAUGAAACUUACUGUUCAUCAGGGCCCUACAGAUACAUUCCUGUUUCAGCCAUUGGGAGCUGAAAUGCCAGCUGAUGUAAAUCAACCCGGAUCCAUGAAAUGCAUCUUGCUGCCUUGUUUUAGAAAUCUGACUCUGUUACAUUAGUCUCUCCAGGUCACAGUGAAGGUAUAUUAUGAAUAUACUGACAACAUCUGCCUUCUCUUUUUUCACUAAAGUAUUAUUUUCAGAAUGUAUGUAUGUAACUUGUUCACAUCAGUUGCUGGACAAAGUGGGGAGGCUAAAAAUAGUGCCUUUUAGUACUAUCACACAAGCUUGAUACUUCCUUUUGAAGAUUUUCUAAAAUGUGAGUAUUUUUGAGGAACUAAAUAUUUUAGAUACAUGAACUGUUUUUUAGCGCUAAAUGUUUGAGAAUGACAAGCAUGACACGAUGUGUAGCUGGAGGAAAAAUAUUUUUUUACAACACGUUCACAGGUUAUGGCUUUGCCAGUUUGCAGGCAAGAGGUCUAUUUUCGAGUGAACUAACGGCUGCUUGCUACUGCAGAACUGGAGCGAAGUGGAGCAGCAGGUUGGGUUCCACAGCAGGUUACUGCUCAUGAGCUCACCAUGAGCAUAUGCCUGCCAGCAGCUUCAGUAUUCAACUGUAGAGCAUGAAGAGCUGUAUUGCGUAGACUGGGUGGAUGAACAGGGUCUCUUUUUCAUAUUUGUUUGAGGCCUGUUUGUUAAUACAUCAAAGCACACGAUUUGUCUUACCAGCAGCAUCCAGCUCAUCCAGCAAAGUAGUAUUUGUACUAGUUUAAAAAGAAACAAGUAGUAGAGGGUUGAGGUCUCGUUAAUUGUAACAAUACUUUUUAAUGCAUAGUGGGAAAAAUUGCAGACUUAUAAAGUAGUAUUUGGUCCAGCACAUUAUACUAAGGAUGUAUAAAACAUUUUGUUUCAUGAAGGUGUUACACUUUGCAGUUGCUAUGAGUUGAGAUGAAUAUGUUUUGGUAUUUGAAUCACAUUUGGUGCCACAUUAGUUGGUAUUGAUUUUAGUGUUUGACUUUGAAAUGUCAUCCCAUGUAUACACUCCUUAAAAUGUAUUACCUUGUUUACCUUUGGGCUCUUAAACUGGUUAUGCUGUAAUCCUGUCCACCCUGAAACACACGAAUUGCUUUGAUGCACUGUUCUCUCGAGAAUCACGACUGUUGCUUCCUCUCUGUGCUUCUGCUCAUGGCUCAUUUUCAACAGCUUAAAUCACGGGCCCACAUCUGACCAAUGAGAUGAUGUGCUAAUGUAGUACUCACUCAGAGAACCGUAUUGGUCAUUGAAUCACAUCAACACCAAAAACAUCCAAGCGAUAUCCAAACCCCAUAUUUGUUUUCAUGUACAUGCAUUGCGAGCGUUCCUUCUGAUAAGUACA